AUGGGACGCGGUAUUGUGCGUAUUGGGAAAACUGAAACUCCACCAGCACUUCUGAAGGAAACCCACUCCUACCCGUCAGGCAGGUGUUCACUGGUGCUGUUCACAGCUCCUCCAGCAGCUCCAGGGGGUGACCCAAAGGAGCCAUGUGACGGGCGGGACUGCACCACCUGCCAGUGUUUUCCGGCUAAAGGAGCGAGGGGUUCCCCGGGUCCUCUGGGUCCGCAGGGCCCCCAGGGGCCUCCAGGCUUUCCGGGCCUUCAGGGUCUUCUGGGACCAAGGGGUCAUAAAGGAGAUGAGGGGGCAACAGGACGUCCUGGUGAAAAAGGAGAUGUUGGAAUCAUAGGCCUUCCUGGUUUUCCAGGAAUAGAGGGAAUCCCGGGUCACCCAGGCCCGGCUGGAGGGCGUGGCCAUCCAGGUUUGGAUGGAUGUAAUGGAACCAGAGGAAACCCUGGGUACCCUGGGCUUCCAGGUGAACAGGGGCCUUAUGGAGAACCGGGUAUCACAGGGCCGAAAGGCUUUAAAGGAGAUCCAGCGUACUACUUUAUCCAGUUCCCUGGAGUUCCCGGAAAUGCUGGGCCCAUUGGAUUGCCAGGUUUGCCGGGAGAAGAGGGUCUACCAGGACCGAUUGGACCUCCUGGUCCAAUAGGAUGGGAUGGAGACGAUGGUAUACCUGGUCGUCCUGGUUUGAGGGGUCAGCCUGUAAGCCAUCUUUCCAGCCUGAUAGCAUUCAAUAUCGGUCAAAAAGGUCGUUUAAUUCCAGGACCAAAAGGAGAUGAGGGAGAACAGGGACCCCAGGGUGAACCAGGGCCGUUUGAGUUCAUUGAACCUCCAGAGAAUUUCUACCCCAAAGGAGAGAAGGGAUCUCUAGGAGAAAGAGGAAUGCCUGGCAUUCCAGGGCCCCUGGGUCAAGAUGGCCCCCCUGGCAUCAAAGGAGAGAAGGGGAUUGUUGGAUUUCCAGGAGACAGGGGGGAUCCUGGUCGACCGGGUCCUUUCGGACGAAAAGGUGAUAAGGGGAUGAGAGGAAGCCAGGGUCUUCCAGGUUUGAUAGGUCAAGAUGGUGCUAAGGGCAGUUUCGGCGAACCAGGCCCUAAAGGUCUCCCUCAGAAUGGCGAAAAUGGGGAUGAUGGGGAUCCUGGGCCACCUGGAUCAAUGGGUAGUCGUGGUGACACAGGGCCUAAGGGAAUGCAAGGCCCUCCAGGAUCGCCAGGAAGAUCAAUGCCUGGACCUCCAGGUAUGACUGGUCAGAAAGGUGAACCUGGAUCCAAAGGGGACAGAGGAGACCCUGGUCAGAUUUUAAAAGAGGGGUACCCUGGAGAACGUGGAAAACCAGGCCCUCCAGGACGGAGAGGGCCCAAGGGAAGGCCGGGUAUUCCAGGAACGUACUGUCUUCCAGGGAUCCCAGGCCUCAAUGGAGAUCCAGGUGACCUAGGCUUUCAAGGAGAACGCGGUUAUCCGGGGCCCAAAGGUGAUCUUGGUACAUGUUUAUGUGGCCCCCCAGUUGAGAUAAGGGGCCCUCCUGGUCCUGAAGGACCAGGAGGGAGAAAAGGGUCAUCAGGUCCCCCAGGAGACCCAGGCCCAAGAGGAGAGAUGGGUUCACCUGGAGACAGAGGAUUAAAGGGUGCUGAGGGCAUGAUCGGGUCCCAGGGUGUGAAAGGCUUUAAAGGACAGAAAGGAGAUUUCAGAGUAGUUGAUUUUAAAGGUGAAAAGGGAAAUAUGGGUGAUUUAGGCCCUGAAGGAACACGAGGAUUCUCAGGAAGAAAUGGAUUACCUGGUCCCCCGGGACCACCUGGUAAUCCAGGAAUUGAGGGUGAAAGUCUCAUUGGUUUUCCUGGAGACAGAGGCUGCAAAGGAUACCCUGGACAAAAGGGAGUUUUAGGACCACCAGGUCGCCGAGGAAGCAGUGUGUUUGGGGCCGUUGGAGAGCGUGGGCCCCCUGGAAAUCCAGGAAUUGUAGGAUUUCCUGGACCAAAAGGGCAAAAGGGGGUUAAAGGUGACAGUCCUCCCUGUAUCCCUCAAAUCCCUGGUCCCCAAGGGCAGAAGGGAGACCCUGGAAUACCAGGUUUCCCAGGUCCUCUGGGUCCUAAAGGUUAUAUAGGUUUUCCAGGACCGGAUGGGCCUAAAGGAGAUAAGGGACAGACUGGUCCUCCAGGAAUGCCUGGCCUCAAAGGAGCUAAAGGUUGUGAUGGAGAUCCUGGAGAAGAGGGAGACAUGGGUUUGAGUUAUGAUGGAACUCCAGGUUUUCCAGGAGCCCCAGGUCCCCCCGGACUCCCAGGACCAAGAGGAGAUCAUGCUUAUGGCUGCCAGGGACCCCCAGGCCUGCCUGGACGACAGGGGUCUCCAGGGCAUAAAGGAGUCCCUGGCUCCCCAGGGAAUAAGGGAGGGCCAGGUGUCCCAGGCUCUCCUGGGGACCCUGGAGUAAAGGGACAGAAAGGAAAUGAAGGGGCCAAAGGUCAAAGAGGCCUCAAAGGACUUUCACUGGACCAAUGUGAUGCUGGACCUUCUGGUGAAAUUGGCUUCCGGGGACCUCCGGGACCUGAAGGACAUCAAGGUUGUCCUGGUCCAAAAGGUCUCAAAGGGGACAAUGGUUAUUCACAGGCUGGUCGUAAAGGUGCGCUUGGAGAAAAUGGAGUUCCAGGUUUUCCUGGUGUACGGGGGCCACAGGGGCCACAAGGUCCUAUUGGAAACGAUGGCCAGCCAGGGCCCCUUGGUCAAAAAGGUCUGAUCGGGCCCCAGGGCUUUGAGGGACGACCAGGAAUUCCAGGAAAAAAAGGCUCCAUUGGUCCCCAAGGGAGGACAGGAGAGAUGGGCCUGAGGGGACAAGAUGGACCUCCGGGUUAUGUGGGUUCAAAGGGGCAAAAAGGUUGUGUAGGCAACCCAGGUCCUCCGGGGGAUUGCAAAAGCAUUCCCAUAAACGGCCCACCAGGACCACAGGGACUGCCUGGCAGCAUCGGAUUUCCCGGACCACGAGGUUAUAAAGGUUUUCAGGGUACUGAUGGAAGGCCUGGAUUUCCAGGCUCAAAUGGACCUCCAGGUAUUAGGGGAUCCCAGGGUCCCAAAGGGCCACUAGGCAAAAAAGGGCUACCUGGAUCCCCUGGAUGUAAAGGACAUAUGGGAUACAGCGGCUUCCCCGGGCAGAAUGGAGAACCGGGAGACCCAGGAUGUCCUGGAAACCCUGGAAAUCCUGGUAAUUCAGGAUAUCCUGGAGCUAAAGGUGAUAUAGGGGAGUCUAUUGGUGUUCAUGGUCCACCGGGGGAUACGGGACAUUCUGGAAACAUUGGAUGUUCUGGCCCCCCUGGCCCUCCAGGACAAUCAGGACCUCUGGGCACUGAUGGGGCCCCAGGACCAAAAGGAUGCAAGGGACACAAAGGGUUUCCUGGAAGAACUGGUGAAUCAGGGGUGGUUGGUCCUCCAGGUUGCAGAGGUCGGCAGGGGCCUCCAGGUUUUCCAGGUGCACCAGGAGCUAAAGGUGUUCAAGGACAAGAUGGUUACACAGGACACAAAGGAGCUCAAGGGCCACCAGGGCUUCAUGGACUGGAUGGGCUAAGUGGACGGAAAGGGGCCAUGGGGAUGAAAGGUCUGUGUGAGGGUGGUAAUGGAGGUGAAAGAGGUCCUCCAGGACCUGCAGGUCCCCCAGGUCCUCCAGGUCCCCCUGGUACCUCCCAGAAUGGACCAAGAGGACCCCCAGGUCCACAGGGACCCAGAGGGCCUCUAGGUGGUUAUGGACCACCAGGUCCACCUGGAGAUGACUGUAGAAACCCAAAUCCAGGGCCACCUGGGGAUCCUGGUGCAGAGGGCCUGAAAGGAGACCCAGGUAACUAUGGUGACCAAGGAGACCCAGGCCCAAGCUUUCCAUUUCCUGGGGACAUGGGAGACAAUGGAUGGCCGGGAUACCAGGGUCCAAAAGGAUCACAGGGAUUUCCGGGGCCAGCAGGACCAAAAGGCAACCCUGGAAACCAAGGCUGUAAAGGAAUGAGAGGAGAUCCAGGGACAAUGGGACAACCUGGACAUAAAGGUGUGCAGGGUCCCUAUGGAUCCCGAGGGGCCAAAGGAAGGAAGGGGGAGAAAGGACGAGAGGGUUUAAAGGGGGAGCCGGGACGAGUCUUGCCAUAUGAAUAUCCACCAAUACUUGAAGGGCCUGAAGGACUACCAGGUCCCCCUGGUGCUAAAGGAGAACAGGGCCUGAUGGGAGACCCUGGUCCAAAAGGGCUGAAUGGGGUGAAGGGGAAUCGGGGGGAAGAUGGAUCACUGGGUUCUGGGGGUCCAAAAGGCGACCCAGGGGCCACUGGAAGACCAGGUCUACCAGGAGAGAACGGAGUGUUGGGAGAAAAAGGUUUUCCGGGUCCGCCGGGGGACCGAGGUAAACCUGGACAGACCACAGUCGUAACAAUGGGGUUCCUGCUGGUAAAGCACAGCCAAAAAAAGGAGCCUCCAAGUUGCCCACCAAACAUGCAGCAGCUUUGGAUUGGAUACAGUCUGCUGUACAUGGAGGGCCAGGAGAGGGCUUACUCCCAGGAUCUAGGUCAGGCUGGAUCCUGUGUUCGUAUUUUCUCCACCAUGCCGUUCUCCGUAUGUGGUACCAAACAAUGCCAGUACGCAGGUCGAAAUGACAAAGCCUAUUGGCUGUCAACGAUGGAGAGGGCUCCUAAUAGGCCAUUUAAUGGAAUUGCCAUUGAGAACCACAUCAGUCGCUGUGUUGUGUGCGAAGCCCCCUCUGCACCUGUGGCUAUGCACGAUUCCAACUCCAAGGAACCGCCAAGCUGUCCCCCCAAUUGGACAUCUCUGUGGACAGGAUAUUCCUUCAUUAUGUUUACAGGUGGAGGUGAUGAGGGAGGCGGCCUCUCGCUGAUGUCCCCUGGCAGCUGUCUGAAAGAGUUCAAAGCUCAGCCCUUCGUAGAGUGUCAGGGAGCUCGGGGAACCUGCCACUUCUUCGCCAACGUCUACAGCUUCUGGUUGACCACCUUCAAAGGCACCAACACUGCACUGACCGACUCUGAGCAGCAGAGGGAGCAUGUUGCUCAGUGUCGAGUCUGCAUAAAGAUGUGAGGGAGAGCAGGAUGGUGGUGCCCCUCUUCUUCAGGAGGGAUCCAAGGGACGCUUGCUGCACCUCUCUUUUAUUGAGAGAGUUUGGGGACAAAAACUGAAAGAGAUUUUAGUUUUGAUGAGGAGAAACCUUGAUGGUAGAGGUUAGAGCUGCAAAUCAGCUGAUCAGAAGAGGCUCAGGAAAAAACUCAGCUGAGGUUUGAAGCAGUGGGUGGUCUCUCUUUAUAGCAAAGUCUAUUUUUUUCAGAACUGGAGCAGUUAAUAAGAAAAAACAAUGUUUUCUAAUUUUUUAAAGUGAAUUAGUCCUGAUUUCAUGCAGGUCUCAACGUCAAAAAAGCAAAAACAAAAAACAAUUGCUGAGUGUAAGAAAUGUGAUUUAGAAAAUACAUUUGGAAAUCUGCUUACU